AUGGCCUCGUUUGGGAGCCACGUCCUGCAAAAGGGCUACAUGCUUUUAUUGUUGUUGGCAUUUUCCACUUGGAUUUCUGCCAUAGAUGUCGACGUUUGUUCUAGUUUCAACACAGGCGAAACGCCGUUGAAUGUCAGCAUAUGGCAAACGAAUGGCCUUUGCACAGGCUUCUGCUCACAAAAGAAUUACGCCUUUGCCAUCACACAGAAGAAUUCAUGCUGGUGCUCCAACUACUACCCUGACAAGACGACGGAUAGCGAAGUGUCAAAAUGCGACCUUCCCUGCCCGGCAUGGACCUCAGAGUUUUGCGGCGGCCCUGGCCUGUUCGGCUAUAUCUUGUUAAACGAAGUCGCCCCGUCGGGCACCAAGACCCCAUCAGCUACAUCAUCUACAGCAACUCAGACGUCGUCUUCUACCUCCACAGACCCUGCGUCGUCAACUCCGGGGCAGACCGAUGGCAGCGACAACUCUGCCUCUCGAACUGGUGACCCAAGCCCAGAUCAGAACGGCUCCUCGGGCAAAAAGUCGGGGCUGGGUACCGGUGCCAUCGUUGGUAUCGUAGUUGGCAUUGUCGGCGGCCUGCUGGUCCUCGGUGCUGCUAUUCUGUUCUGGUUUAUCCGACGGAGAAGGCUGAAUAAGGACGAGUACCGAGAUGACCCCAGCGUCCGAGGCAGCUCGUCUGGCAUGGUGGGAUCUGUUCCCCCAGAAAUGAGUGCAAACAGCGGUUCGCCGGCUUCGCCAGUUUCGGCGGUCAACCGAAAUAGCACCAUCCAGAUCGAUCCUCGAAUGGACCCAUUCAAGCAGGGACUAUACAUACGCGGUAGCCACGAGAGUCUCAACACCAUUCGCGACGAUCAUGACUAUUCGCGACGAAUCCAACCGCCUGUACUUCGGGCCACGAAUCCGGACCCCGAAGAUUGA